CGGAGCGCGGGGACUCCGGGGGGAGGGGGGAGGGACCGCCCGGCCCGUGCCCGGGCGCCAGCCACGGCGCUGAAGGGUCUCCCUGCCCGGCCCCGUAGCCGCUCCGCCACGGACUCCGGGAGGCUUCGGGGGACGUCCUGGGGCUUCCCACCCGACCCGAUCGGACUUGAGAAGGUGAUCGCUCCGCUCUCCCUUCCUCCUUCCCGCCUCCUUCCCCCCACUUAACUUUUUGUCUCCACCCGCCCGCAGCUCCGUCCCCUCCGCGCAAACCCACCCGCGGCUGUGCCAACCGCCGGGGCAUGGGCCCCCCAGCGCGGCUCCCGGAGGCCCCGCGGCACCGCAGGAUGUGAGAGGCCCGGGUCCGGCAGAGCCAGAGCUUCGGGAGAGGAGCCGACUGCCCCCAGCCUCCACUCGCCCGGCGAGGUGGCGGUGCGCACUGCGCCCCCGCGGUGCUGAGCGUCCCGGAGCGCCCGACCCCGGGCCGGAACGUUUAGCUGGCCGGAGGCGCGCCGCGGAGAGCAGGCUGUCAUGCCCUAUUGAUCCCCCCGCCCCCUGCCAAGUAUGUUUGGGCUGGACCAAUUCGAGCCCCAGAUCAACAGCAGGAACGCUGGCCAGGGCGAGAGGAACUUUAACGAGGCCGGACUCAGCAUGAAUGCCCACUUUAAGGCCCCGGCUUUCCACGCGGGGGGACCCCCUGGCCCGGUGGACCCUGCCAUGAGCGCGCUGGGCGAGCCCCCGAUCUUGAGCAUGAACAUGGAGCCUUACGGCUUCCACGCGCGUGGCCACUCGGAGUUGCACGCGGGGGGGCUGCAGGCGCAGCCGGUGCACGGAUUCUUUGGAGGCCAGCAGCCGCACCACGGCCACCCGGGAGGCCACCACCCCCACCAACAUCACCCCCACUUUGGGGGCAACUUCGGCGGCCCGGACCCGGGGGCCUCGUGCCUGCACGGGGGUCGCCUACUUGGGUACGGCGGCGCCGCCGGCGGCCUGGGCAGCCAGCCGCCCUUCGCGGAGGGUUAUGACCACAUGGCGGAGAGCCAGGGGCCCGAGAGCUUCGGCCCGCAGCGACCAGGGAACCUCCCGGACUUCCACAGUUCGGGCGCCUCGGGUCAUGCGGUGCCUGCCCCAUGCUUGCCGCUGGACCAGAGCCCUAACCGAGCCGCCUCCUUUCACGGCCUGCCCGCCCCCAGCGGCUCCGAUUCCCACAGUCUGGAGCCCCGAAGGGUGGCGAACCAAGGAGCCGUCGACUCGCUGGAAUACAAUUACCCUGGCGAGGCGCCCUCGGGACAUUUCGACAUGUUUUCGCCCUCCGAUUCCGAGGGGCAGCUGCCUCAUUAUGCGGCGGGGCGCCAGGUUCCCGGGGGCUCUUUCCCCGGUGCUUCGGCCAUGCCCAGAGCUGCAGGCAUGGUGGGCUUGUCCAAAAUGCACGCUCAGCAGCAGCAGCAGCAGCAGCAACAGCAGCAGCAGCAGCAGCAGCAGCAGCAACAGCAGCAGCAGCAGCAGCAGCAGCACGGCGUGUUCUUCGAGAGGUUCGGUGGGGCCCGCAAGAUGCCCGUGGGGCUGGAGCCGGGAGUAGGCUCCAGGCACCCGUUAAUGCAGCCUCCCCAGCAGGCCCCGCCGCCCCCUCCACAGCAGCCCCCGCAGCAGCCGCCGCAGCCCCAGCAGCAGCAGCAGCCGCCGGCGCCGCCGCCACCCGGGCUUCUCGUCCGACAAAAUUCGUGCCCGCCUGCGCUCCCGCGGCCCCAGCAGGGCGAGGCGGGCACGCCCAGCGGCGGCCUGCAGGACGGGGGCCCCAUGCUGCCCAGCCAGCACGCACAGUUCGAGUACCCCAUCCACCGGCUGGAGAACCGGAGCAUGCACCCGUAUUCGGAGCCUGUGUUCAACAUGCAGCAUCCCCCUCCCCAGCAGGCGCCCAACCAGCGGCUGCAGCAUUUCGACGCGCCCCCCUACAUGAAUGUGGCCAAGAGGCCGCGCUUUGACUUCCCGGGCAGCGCGGGAGUGGACCGCUGCGCUUCGUGGAACGGGAACAUGCACAACGGCGCGCUGGACAACCACCUCUCGCCCUCCGCCUACUCGGGCCUACCCGGCGAGUUCACGCCGCCCGUGCCCGACAGCUUCCCCUCAGGGCCACCCCUGCAGCAUCCGGCCCCGGACCACCAGUCCCUGCAGCAGCAGCAGCAGCAGCAGCAACAGCAGCAGCAGCAGCAGCAGCAGCAGCAGCAACAGCAACAGCAGCAGCAGCGCCAAAACGCGGCCCUCAUGAUUAAGCAGAUGGCGUCGCGGAAUCAGCAGCAGCGGCUGCGCCAGCCCAACCUGGCCCAGUUGGGCCACCCCGGGGACGUGGGCCAGGGCGGCCUGGUACACAGCGGCCCGGUGGGCGGCCUGGCCCAGCCGAACUUUGAGCGCGAGGGCGCGGGCGCGGGCGCGGGGCGCCUGGGCGCUUUCGAGCCGCAGGCGCCCCACUUGGCGCAGGAGAGCGCGUGGUUCCCAGGUCCGCACCCGCCGCCGCCGCCGGGGGACCUGCUGCCCCGCAGGAUGGGCGGCUCGGGCCUGCCGGCCGACUGCGGCCCGCACGACCCGGGCCUGGCGCCGCCCCCUCCCCCCGGGGGCUCGGGAGUGCUGUUCCGGGGCCCUCUGCAGGAGCCCCUGCGGAUGCCCGGCGAGGGCCACGUGCCCGCGCUGCCCUCCCCGGGCCUGCAGUUCGGGGGCAGCCUGGCGGGGCUGGGCCAGCUGCAGUCGCCCGGGGCGGGGGUGGGGCUGCCCAGCGCUCCCUCCGAGCGCCGGCCCCCGCCGCCCGAUUUCACAGCCCCGGCGGCGCUCGGGGGCCAGCCCGGCUUCCCGUUCGGCGCGGCGACCCGGCAGGCCACGCCGCACAGCGGCCCGGGCGUGAACUCGCCCCCGAGCGCGGGCGGGGGCGCGGGCGGGGGCGGCGGCGGCGGCGGAGGGGGCGCCUACCCGCCGCAGCCCGACUUCCAGCCCAGCCAGCGCGCCUCGGCCAGUAAGCUGGGCGCGCUGUCGCUGGGCUCCUUCAACAAGCCCAGCUCCAAGGACAACCUGUUCGGCCAGAGCUGCCUGGCGGCCCUCUCCACCGCCUGCCAGAACAUGAUCGCCAGCCUCGGAGCCCCUAACCUCAACGUGACCUUCAACAAAAAGAACCCGCCCGAGGGCAAGAGGAAACUGAGCCAGAACGAGGCGGACGGCGCGGCGGCGGCCGGCAACCCGGGCUCGGAUUACUUCCCCGGAGGGGCCGCGCCUGGCGCCCCGGGGCCCGGAGGCCCGCCCGGGACUGGCAGCGGCGGCUCCAAGGCCUCGGGGCCGCCCAACCCGCCCGCCCAGGGGGACGGCACCAGCCUGUCCCCCAACUACACCCUGGAGUCCACGUCCGGGAACGACGGCAAGCCGGUCCCCGGGGGCGGCGGCCGGGGCCGGGGUCGGAGAAAACGGGACAGCGGCCACGUGAGCCCCGGGACCUUCUUCGACAAGUACCCGGCGGCGCCCGACAGCGGGGGCGCGCCCGGGGUGAGCCCGGGGCAGCAGCAGCCGGCGCAGGGCGCGGCCGUCGGGGGCAGCUCCGCCAGCGCCGGCGAGGCUCGCGGGGCCCCUACGCCCCACGAGAAAGCGCUCACGUCGCCGUCGUGGGGGAAGGGGGCCGAGUUGCUCCUGGGGGACCAGCCGGACCUCAUGGCUUCCCUGGACGGCGGGGCCAAGUCGGACGGUAGCUCCCCGCACGUGGGCGAGUUCGCCUCGGACGAGGUGAGCACCAGCUACGCCAACGAGGACGAGGUGUCGUCCAGCUCCGACAACCCCCCAGCCCUGGCCAAAGCGAGUAGGAGCCCCCUGGUGACAGGCUCGCCCAAACUCCCUCCCCGUGGGGUGGGCGCUGGGGAGCACGGACCUAAGGCGCCCCCGCCCCCGCCCCCGCUCGGCCUGGGCAUCAUGUCUACCUCUACCUCCACCCCUGACAGCUACGGCGGCGGGGGCGCGGGCCAUCCUGGCACGCCGGGCCUGGAGCAGGUCCGGACCCCGACGAGCAGCAGCGGCGCACCGCCCCCCGACGAGAUCCACCCCCUGGAGAUCCUCCAGGCGCAGAUCCAGCUGCAGAGGCAGCAGUUCAGCAUCUCUGAGGACCAGCCCCUGGGGCUCAAAGGUGGCAAGAAGGGUGAGUGCGCCGUGGGGUCCUCGGGCGCGCAGAAUGGUGACAGCGAGCUGGGCAGCUGCUGCUCAGAGGCCGUCAAGAGCGCCAUGAGCACCAUCGACCUGGACUCGCUGAUGGCAGAGCACAGCGCCACCUGGUACAUGCCCGCUGACAAGGCCUUGGUGGACGGCGCGGACGACGACAAGACGCUGGCACCUUGGGAGAAGGCCAAACCCCAGAACCCCAACAGCAAAGAAGCCCACGACCUCCCUGCAAAUAAGGCCUCAGCCACCCAGCCGGGCAGCCACUUGCAGUGCCUGUCUGUCCACUGCACAGACGACGUGGGCGACGCCAAGGCCCGAGCCUCCGUGCCCACCUGGCGGUCCCUGCACUCCGACAUUUCCAACAGAUUCGGGACAUUCGUGGCCGCCCUAACUUGAAUUGACAAGAACGCCCCUCCCCCACCAGGCCCUUUCCUCCCCUCUCCCCCCUUCCCCCUCCCUCUCCCCCCACCCCUGCCCUG